GUCCCAGUCGAAAUGCUGCUGCCAUCCGUGCUAGGAGCCGACGACAAGUUCGGUCCGAUCCGUCUCGGUCUAGCGACGGCUACCGCAGUCGUCACAUUCUUCUCGGUAUGCAAGAAGAGCCCACCUCCUGAUGGUGUUAUCCCAGUGUCUUUUCUUCCAGGAAUCCCUUUGCUUGGCAACACACUCGAGAUGGUUGCCAACAUUCCACGCAUCCAGGACUGGAUCUCGGAUCAAUUCCAAGAACGCAACGGAAAUCCGAUCGGCGCUCGAUUAGUCGGGAAGAACAAGCUCAUCUACUUGGCUAAACCAGAACAUUUCGAACAGGUGUUAAAAACCCAAUCUAGCAAUUUUAGCAAAGGAAUCGACGUGCACGUGGUCUUCUCGGACUUCAUGGGAAACGGCAUCUUGCUCGUCAAUGGAGAUCGCUGGAAAUACCACAGAAAAGUGCUUGUGAAUCUCUUCAGUGCUCGAGCCAUGCGCGAGUUCAUGACUCCAGUAGUUCAGAAAAAUGUCCAUGUUCUAAUGGAAAUUUUGUCAAAUGCCAGUGACACUGGAAAAGAAAUUGACAUUUACAGACUGAUGAACAAAUUCACGUUCGAGACAUUUACUGAAAUCGGCUUUGGACAGCAGCUCGGGAAUUUGAAAUCCAUCGAGGAUCACCCGUUUGAAGUCGCAUUCGAUGAAGCACAUUACAUUUGCACCGAGAGAUUUUCAUACCCAGUUUGGCUUUGGAAACUCAAACGCUGGUUAAAUGUGGGAAGUGAACGUCUACUUCGGGAUUCUAUGGUGGUAAUCAAUGAGUAUCUGAUGGAAACGAUCUCUACUGCGAUGAAGCGACGUGAACAAGGACACAGCCGAUCAAACUACGUACCGUCCAUGGACGAAGUUCAGGAUCUUCCCUAUUUGGAGGCAACAAUUCGGGAAGUUUUGCGCUUAGUUCCCUCAGUUCCAAUCAUUCCAUACCAUUGCUAUCAUGACACGGUGUUCCCCGAUGGCACAUUUAUCCCCGCUGAUUCCGCUGUGUUACUGUCGACGUACUCCACCGCUCGACUUGAAUGUGUAUGGGGACCUGACGCCUCAUCGUUCGUGCCUGAGCGAUUUCUCGAUCCGAAAACGGGCGAAUUGCUGAAAAUGUCAUCAACAGAAUUCGUGGCUUUCAGUGCUGGAUCUCGAGUGUGUGUUGGUCGCAACUUGGCAAUGCUGGAGCUGAAACUGGUACUCUCGUGUCUGGUGAGUUACUUUCGUCUGGUAGAGGUGAACGGCCAGGACGUCACAUACGGCAACGGCGUAACUAUCAGGAUGAAGAACCCGCUCAUGAUGAAGGUCGAAACAGUUUCCAAUACUAGUGCCUAG